GUAGUAGCGAAACUGCCCUACUAUCAGCCCCGAAUGUAUACAACCGGCCGAGAAAAGUCUGUACGCGUUUCCUCAUGAAAUUUUCCGGGUAACGGGGUCAAACGAAAUUGCGUCAGUGUGUGAACACAUCACAACGCUUCGUGUGCAGGGUUUUCCCAACCCUUACGGAAAAAAAUCGCAGACUACGUGAUAUCUUCGUAUCGUUUUUUGUGCGUUUCGCCGCUUGUUUUCGCAGGUAUCGAUUGAAAAAAUUAUUGAUCUAUUUCCCCCCAUCUCCAUGUAACGCGAUCAACGCCGUGAAAAUGGAUGAAAAACCGGUUUUUCCCCAUCAGCAACCUGGAUACGUCCGAAACAGUGGAUUUUCUGGUAUUUUACACCCAGUUCUUCAAUAACCCAGUUCCGAUCCCGGCUUGUUUUCUCAUGGUCCAUCCAACCUUAUUCACUCUGUAUUGUAAUUCAACAGUCUCGACUAGAGAACGUAUUUCGAAGCAAUAGUUCAAGAUGAGAACCCCCUGUCCAAACCUGCAUUGAUAUUAAUCUCGAAAUUCAAAGACUGUAACCGACUGAUUAACCGACUGAGCCAUCUGAAUCGACUGAUCUAACACCAAUCGAGCAAUUCUCUUUUUGAUAUUUAAACUCGGUGUCGUUCUACGUCUCUCGAAUUGUACUCCCUUUAUUCCUUGGAAAAGUCGUAAGUGUUCUUUGAUGUUUUUGUAAUCCCGAUUUUGUACGUAUUUUAUAAGGUUUUUCUACUGGAUUUUCCCACCGCACGAUCGUAAAAAAUUGAUGUUUCUCGCGUUUUAAACCAUAUUUUCGAGGCAAAGUUGAUAAUAAACUAAGUCAAAGUGUAUACCCCCACGAAGACCACCCUGUAUCUCGUUAAGCUGGCAGAUCAGGACAUCAUCACUUUAGAGAUACACGAAGUGCAGGAUGUCCAAGGAUCUCCCCCUGAGGAAGCCAACGCCUCAGGUUCCACCGUUGUCGAAGUCAGUAAUUCGGAAAAAAAUCAGCCGGUUCAGAACUCGAUACAGGCGGCUCAGUCGCCGCCUCAGCAGCAGGCGCAGCAGCCUCAGCAGACUCAGCAGCAGGCUGCCUCCUCGACUGCGACGAGCAACACAGUGAUGACAGCACAAAUCGAGAUAAUACCUUGCAAGGUCUGCGGGGACAAGAGCAGUGGCGUUCAUUAUGGUGUGAUAACUUGUGAGGGGUGUAAAGGAUUCUUCAGAAGGUCACAAAGUUCAGUGGUGAAUUAUCAGUGUCCCAGAAAUAAGAACUGUGUAGUCGACAGGGUUAAUAGAAAUAGGUGCCAGUACUGCAGAUUACAAAAAUGUCUACGGCUCGGCAUGAGUAGAGAUGCUGUCAAAUUCGGUAGGAUGUCCAAAAAGCAAAGGGAAAAAGUAGAGGACGAGGUACGGUUUCAUAGGGCCCAGAUGCGAGCACAGAGCGAUUCAGCGCCAGACAGUUCGGUGUUCGAACAGCAGACGCCUUCGAGUAGUGACCAGCUCCACCACAGCUUUAAUGGGUAUAGCUACAGCAACGACGUGGGCAACUAUACGUCCUACUAUACGGGAGCUACGCAAGUCCAGACCACUAUGGGCUACGACAUAUCCGCUGAUUACGUAGAUAGUACAACAGCUUAUGAUCCUAGUCCGCGUCUUGACCUGAUAGACACCAACAGCCUGAUGCACGCACUUGGAAAUACAGGCAAUACUAAUACCAGCGCCAGUGGUGGUAGCGGUACGUCCAACGGCAAACACUCGGAUUGCUUGUCCCCCUCGGAGUCCUCCCGGCCCUUCAAACGUCUGGGAGCUUCUGGGGUGUCCUCGCAGUCGGACGUCAAGCAGGAGGGCGAGGCCCUCGUGCCGUCCGUGUACGUGGACAGCACCACGUUCGUGAACUCGCCCGCUGGUUCCUCUUCCGCGCCUGCGCUACUACCGAUCUCCGUCAGGAUCCAGCAGAUGAUGGAGGAGGACGAGUGCGAAUCCGUCGACGAAUCGUUGCCUAACCCGGCCCAAAUGAGGGAACUGAUCCUAUCGUCGAUCAGGGACGCCUUCGUGCGUUCCUGCCAAUUCACUCAGGACCAGCUGCAGGAGAUGUUCCGCAAACCGAUCGACCAUUGCAGACUGCUCUUCUACAAGAACAUGUCCCACGAGGAGAUCUGGCUCGAGUCUGCACACAAACUGACCAGCGUAGUUCAGCAAAUAAUCGAAUUCGCCAAACUGCUGCCGGGCUUUAUGAAACUUUCUCAGGACGACCAGAUCGUGCUUCUCAAACAAGGAGCGUUUGAGGUAGCCCUCUGCCUGCUAUCCCGCUACAUCGACCUGACCAACAACUCGAUCCUGAUCGGGGACAUGAUGAUCCCUCAGGACGCCUUCUACAGCGCGGACACGUCCGAAUUCAAGCUGGUCACCAGUGUGUUCGAGCUGACGAAGAGCAUAACGGAACUGAAGCUCACGGACGAAGAGCUCGGCCUGUUCGCCGCCAGCGUCCUCAUAUCUCCAGAACGCAAGGGUCUGAAGGGCAUCACCGAGAUCAGUCGCGUGCAGUACGCCAUCUUGAAGGCUCUGAAGGCGGAGCUGGAGAAUUCCCACAGCAUCCCGAUCAAGGGUGACGUUACCACCUUUGAUUUUCUGAUGACGAGGAUGCCCGUUCUGAAGGAAAUGAACAUUCUUCAUCUGACUGCUCUGAUAAAGUUCAGGAGAGCGAAUCCCCACAUAGAGUUCCCCGCAUUGCACAGGGAACUCUUCACCGACACCGACUACUCCGAUAGUUGAGUAAACGGCAGCAUCUUCUGAACUGUAGCAGCAGGAUCGUGUAGCUACUAUUCCUUGAAACUGAUUGUAUCGGCCUUAACUACAUAAAUAUGAUAAAGAUUAAUUUCGUUAUAAUGAGAUAAAAAUUUAUUGUUGUGACAUAGAAAUUUAAAAAAAAAGCAGAUCUCUAUAAGAGAAUUGUUGGCGAGACCGCAACCCGGAUCUUAAACGCGUGAAGAUGUGUUCAUAUAAUUAACAAAAAAAAAAUAUGUAUGUAUAUGCAGUAUCACCCGAACCAGAUAUUUUCCGUAUUAAAAGAAAAAUAUGCACAGAGAUCGACGGACAAGGAACCGGUGAUUUGAUCGUUCUACGACUGGGAACUACUGUAUAUAAUCCAGGCCCUGAUUUGAAAGUACAACUUCGUAUUUUUUGAGGUUUGUUGUUCAAAGUUCGUUGAUAUUUAUAAGAGAUUUAUCUUUUUUGGGGGGAAAUGGGAUGGGGGAGGUUGUCCUCUGAGAUACCCGCGUAUUUCAGAUCGAACGAAAACAAAAUGGCGUGCAAUACCACAAAACUCUUCGUUGAUAAUAAUGAAAGUUCUGAAUCCUACAAAGGUGCUGACUCGUUCGAUACACGUCCAAAAAAAGGUUGCUGUCUCGAAAACGAUCCGAUUUAAUAACAGAUAUUGAUAACUUAUGUAAUCUGCCACACUUAACACUAAACACGUAAGUUUAAAUUAUAUACACGUUUAGACAUAUAGAUAUACAGGUCUUGACAAAAUCGAUCAUGCGGAACCCCUGUCCCCUCUAGACUCUCACUCUUCCCAUCUCGGAAUAAAAAAUAAACUCUUGCAAAAUGCACUGAUUGCUCUUUAGUUUUGUCACCUCCUGUAUAUAGGACACGUCGAAAAACGAUGGAAAGAAUAUGGGCGAAUAAUUGAAAAAAAAAAUUAAAAAAUAAAAGGGAAUCAAUCGAGAUAUCUCAAGACUGCCAAUUCCGAAAUUGACGACUCCAAUUUUCGAACGUUCAAAAAUGGGAUAAAGUCGCGAUUUUUUUUUCGUCGAGAAACGGGAAGUUAGGUAGACGUAGGGUUUUUUAAAAAGGAACGGAUUCCACACAUCAUUUCGUUUUUUUGAUUUUUUCGUAAACGAGCGAGGAAAAUUUUAGGAAUAAUACCUGAUACACUUGAAAGACUGUAAUGCUUGUUAUAAGAUUGUACGCAUAAAAAAAUUUCUAUAGUUCGUAUUUCUCCGUUUUUCGAUGUGCUUAUUUUAAGUUAAGUUUUACUUGGUGACACAUGGUUUUAUAAAGAUUAUAUUAUAUAAAGAGAUGUAUAAAGUAUAUUAUGAAUAGAUUUUAGAUGAUUAUUGAUAUAGAACUAUACUGAUUUUUUUACAUUUUUACGCGAUUAUGAUUCUGUACGUGCAAGGUAGACGGUUCACCUUUUUAACCAAUUUUUCGAGAGAAAUUAUUGUUUCCAUCCCCCAAUACCUCCCAUGUGCUUCAAAGUGAAUUAUGAUUUCCUUAUCCGAAGUUUACCUGAAGGACACUAGCUGUCGCUAGUUCUCGUUAAAGAUCAUCUCCGUAGGUCCGGGUGCAAAUAAAGGGUGAACGAAACUUACUACGCCACUGGAAUUUUCUUAAAAGAUUAAAUGUCGACUCGAAAAUACGAUAGAAGCAAUUUAAUUAAAUGGACAUCUAGAAAGAUUUGAAUAUGUCAUGAAAUAUUUUUCUCGAAACCGUUCAAAUUAUCAUCAAAGAUCUCAGUUUGGAGUUGAUCAAAUAUUUGCUCUCCAACUUCAUCGAAAGUUUGAAUUUUUUUUACGAGAAUAUUUGUGCCUUUGUCCGAACUCAAGCUUAAUUCGUAUACAUAUUAUUGGAAUUUUUGACAAAUUAGAAAAUUGAGACUGAAAUUCGAUACUCAAAUUUCAGCUUACCAACAAAAUUAAAUCUCGUCCGAACUGAAUACAACGUUAGGUUGGUAGCAUUGCUGAAUUUGUGAAAUUAGCUGUCAUCUGUCAAAUUCGAGGCCAAUAUGUCAGACAAUUUUCGAAACUUGCCCUUUAUAUGCACCUGUGGCCAAUUUUUAAGAUCAAUCAUCCCCAAGGACAGACAUUUAAUUGUAGAUAUAUUUAUUUUCAAGAAGACUACUUGAUUAAAGAGUAAAUUUUGAAAAUGCCAGAUUAAACUAUAAAUUUAAUCUAAGUUUUAGAUUUAACGCAUAUUUUCGUUGACAUCAACCAGUGUUGAAUCUUGCAGAUGUUAAUUAUAUAGGUCCAGUGUUGUAAAACUAUUUAUAAUUUUUUUUUUGUUGUGUGUACCCUAUAGAAUAACAUCACAUGUGUUUUUUAUAUUAUGAAUAUGGAUAUUAUGAAGUUAUAGCUUGUAUAGAGAUUUUUAUAUAAUUUAUUAGAUUAUAGUUCUAUGAAAUAAUUAUUGUAAAAAAAGUUUAACAUUGGUUGACGUCAAUUUUCUAUGAUAAGAGGCUAUUGAGUUAUUUUCGUAUCUAGCAAACCAUGUUGAUGAGGACAGAUUGUCAGAAAUUUUGUUUGGGCGACAUGGCUGUGUUAUGUACAUUAUAACAACUUACAGAGACGCCUUUGAACUGUUAACUUUUUGUUAAAUAAAGAAUUAGUUCCAUCCAUUCGAAUUUUUAUUGCAUUCGAUUCACCAUUCAUUCGAAUAUCUUAUCAUUUUUAGUUGCACACGCAUCGUUUUGUUUUUUUUAUUUAUCGAAAAGUUAACACCUUGUAUUAUAGCGAAAGUGUAUAAAUUGGGGAUUCAUGGUAUAUGGUUUCAGUGUUUCGAAUAAAUUUUUGUUCGUCAAAUUUCGUUCAGAUUUUGUGAAAUUCUAGAGCGGGUACUUUAAAAAAUCCGUUAUAAAAGUUUAGGAAUAAUUUUACAGGUGGAGAUUGUGUAAGCUGGAUGUUACUAACAUUUUGUUUAUAUAUUUUAUUUCUGUUGGUUUUAUAAAGUUUUACUGAUAUGUCGAUGUUUUCGUUAUGUAUUUCGAAAAUUUUGUGAAUUAUGUUUUUUCCACUCGAAACAUUCGUUGGUCACGAAAAUAGUAAAUCAAGUACCUAUAUUAGAA